AAAAUAAACCGUUUGGUCUUAGAAGCUAUAACGCUGAAUUUAGAAAAGGUCAUAUUGAAGGAAAAAGAAAAAGGAAAUUUAUGACAAGAAUCUCCAUGGCUGCAGAAGCCACCACCACCAAAUUUCAAAACCCUGAUUUCCGGCCCGAUUUCCAUCCUGAUAUAUCCGUAACCGCUCACGACGGCCUCCAUUUUUGGCAAUUCAUGAUCGCCGGUUCCAUCGCCGGUUCAGUCGAGCACAUGGCUAUGUUUCCGGUUGACACAAUCAAGACCCAUAUGCAGGCUCUCGGUUCUUGCCCCGUUAAAUCCGUCAGUGUCUCCCAGGCGCUACGUUCCAUCCUCCAAUCUGAAGGCCCCAGUGCCCUCUACCGCGGUAUAGCAGCUAUGGGUCUCGGCGCGGGUCCUGCCCAUGCGGUGUAUUUCUCAGUUUACGAAGUAUGUAAGAAAUAUUUCUCUGGUGACAAUCCAAACAAUUCAAUAGUUCACGCUGUUUCUGGGGUUUGUGCUACGGUGUCCAGUGAUGCUGUAUUUACGCCGAUGGAUAUGGUGAAGCAGAGAUUACAAUUGGGUAAUAAUACUUACAAGGGGGUAUGGGAUUGUGUGAAGAGGGUUUUGAGAGAAGAGGGUUUUGGUGCGUUUUAUGCAUCUUAUAGGACUACUGUUUUGAUGAAUGCGCCGUUUACGGCGGUGCAUUUUGCAACUUAUGAGGCUACAAAAAGAGGGUUGAUGGAGAUUUCGCCUGAGAGUGCUAAUGAUGAGCGGUUGGUUGUUCAUGCUACUGCUGGAGCUGCUGCUGGAGCACUAGCUGCUGCUGUCACUACUCCGCUGGAUGUAGUUAAAACUCAGUUGCAGUGUCAGGGUGUUUGUGGGUGUGACAGAUUUAAAAGUGGUUCAAUUGGUGAUGUGAUUCGAACAAUAGUGAAAAAGGAUGGGUACAGAGGGCUCAUGAGGGGUUGGAUUCCAAGGAUGCUUUUCCAUGCACCUGCUGCUGCAAUCUGCUGGUCUACAUAUGAAGCCUCUAAAGCAUUCUUUCAAGAGGUCAAUGGUAACAGUAACAGUGGCACUGUUACCUGAAUAACCUUGCAAAGAAAGGGCAUUUCAUAAUUUUCUGUUGCAUCACAAAUAAUUCUGUACAAGUAACAAGAAUCUAGCUUCACACAAGAGAUGGUAAGCAACGCACAAACAUCAACUUUCCAGUCUCACCCGUCUAUUAUUGGGCAUUAGUAGUCAAAUUGAUUGGUCAGAUAGAAGUAACUUUUCUGUACACAUUGUUGUACGAUAAUCUUAUAAGCGCAUAAUGUUUUUGUUUAUGAAAUUGUGGGUUGCACAAAACCCCAUAUGAGUUCUGUCCAUAUUUUUUCUGUGGAAGAAAUUUUUGGCUUUAUGAUGAUGGGGGUAUGCUGUUACAGCCAUCAGUUAUUGUUUUCCUGGAUAUUUAAGGAUUAGUUGCUGUUCGUUUUUGCUAAUUGUUCAUUCUUAUUGAUUCUUCUUAUUUUCAAGCAA